UCAACGACGGCUAUUUGGAUCUGAUCUCGCUGUAUCUGUUGAGACAUUCACUCUGGUGAAGUCAUGCUGUAGAAUACGCAGCCGUGAUAAGAGCUUCCAGCGCCCGUCCAGUUAAUUAUGCAGCUGCCUGCAGUUAUAUGUAUCCCCAUUCUCAUGUAGAGAGCUACACGACAGUUAAUACUACAGACACACAUAGAGUGCGAUAUCGAUCCCUAUCAGAUGUCUAUCAACUACCGCCCCCUCCAAAAUCCUAUCAAAGAAAUUCGUCUGCUCGAGCUUCAGCCUCCCUCUGAUGACGCAUGUAGCCGCCUACAAGCUAGAGUAGUUCACGUUGCACUAGAAUCUGCCAAAUAUACCACGCUAUCCUAUGUCUGGGGUGACCAGUCCCAGGGCCGGAUAGACAUCGAGAUUACCUACUGCCUAACAACAAAAUACGGAAACGUAGAGGCUGGAAUUGUCAAAACCACUAUUGGCCAAAAUCUGGGUUCAGCGCUUUAUCACCUCCGGCAACCAAGACCGCUCAUGCUUUGGAUAGAUGCAAUAUGCAUUGACCAGGAGAAUGAGAGCGAAAAGACUGACCAGGUGAAACUAAUGUUUCAAAUCUAUAAGGGCUCCAUCGAGACUAUUGUGUGGCUAGGUCCGCCGGGUCCGCACACUGAUGUCGCCAUGGAAACCAUGACGGAUAUUGGCACGCAGUUCGGCAAGUUCUACUUUCGAGAAUUUCCUGAGCUCUCUGCGUCUUUAUGCAAGCGGGAGCAACAUGUUAAAAAAGGGGGGGAUCAUAAACCUUCUCUUUACUCUGCUAUCAAACGCUUACUGGAAUCCGCCGAGCCUAUGGAUGAUAAUGGCCAACCACUCGACCUUUUCUUCCUCAACAUGAAUAACCAUGUCGCCAAAGCCGGCCGAGACGAAGAUUCGGGUGUCUUGGUUGGGUUAAGAGACCUCUGGAGUAGAACAUGGUGGCACAGGAUCUGGGUCAUCCAAGAAUAUGUUGCUGCGCAGCAGAUACGGUUCUUAUGCGGCCAUGCGCAUAUUACUUCAGAGCAUAUGUGGCUCACAGCUACACUGUAUCGGGCAUACACUGACCAAUUCCUCAACCAGUCCUUGGUGGCAGAGGAUGAGAGAUGUCUGCCUGCAUUCACAACCUACGAUCAUCCAAGAAUCAUGGAAUUCCGCCAUGACUCCCAGGCGAUGCUCCUCGGCCGUCCGCUGCAGUACAUUCUGGAAACUGUGCAUGGGCAGCUACAGCUUCAACCUCCUACUGACCCAAGAGACAAUGUGUACGCUCUACUUGGGCUUGCCGCCGACACACUGGGUGUGUCCCCGGACUAUUCCAGAAGCCUUGAAGAUGUUUUUAUCGAUGUGACAGAAGCUCUUCUUCUGGAAGUCGAUGGGACUCGUGCUUUAGUGCUUUGUAAUCCGCCAGUAUCCUCCGCUGAAUUACCGUCCUUCGCCAUUGACUGGCGGGUAAUUGGGGAAAACUUAUACUACUUCUUGAAUCAUCGUAGCCUCCACAGCUUUCAGCGACCUGCCGCCGUCACUUUUCAGUUCAUGGAUGUAGACGAAUUGGAAUCAAGAGGGCCGCGCAUACGGCUCACGGGGCAUACGUUAAGUAGAGUGCAGAGAACUACACUCUCACUUGGUGCUAUUGAGGAACGAGUACGUACUCUGGGGUACGAAGAAGCAAAAGAGUACGACUUCAAAGUCAGAUUCUGGCACGAAUGGAUCAUGAUUGCAUACGAACUCUUCUGCUCUCUCCCGCAGGGAACCGUCCCCUCUAAUGCAGUUGCCGCUACUCAGGAGAUGGUCAAUAUCUUUGCCAAUAGAAUGGGUGUGACAAAUCAAAUGGAGCUGAACCAAGCGGUGGCAGUUGCGCUUACGGUCGACGCAGAAUCCGCUAUUCGUGCAUGGUCACAUCGAGUCUGGCUGUCCCGCAUUGACAUAUUCUAUCGCUGCCGCUCACCUACAGCAACACUGUUUGCGACGGAGAAUGGCUUGGUUGGUCACAUUUCAUCGCCAGUAGAGCCCGACGAUCACUUGGUAGCAUUUUAUGGCUGUAACGUUCCGUUUGUCAUACGAGAGGUGGAAAGGGGAGUUUAUCGGCUGGUUGGACCAUGUGUAGUUCCGGGACUGCUGUCCAAAAGGAAUGCCGACCAUAUAUUAGAGACGGAGACUGAAGAAUAUGUGCUUGUAUAA